UUCGAUGUGAAAUCUAUGUUGCGAGUUGUUUACGGUAAAACAGCUACCUGCUACUCGUGUCAGAAAAUAACCUAUCUUAUUGUUGACAAUUAUUUGUCAACAAGAUGAUACGAAUUAAACGAAAUACAGUUCUAUGAAUAGUUGAAAGCAUAUAAAAAUAUUUUAUUUUUAAACGUAGUGUUGCUGGGAUUAUAAGAAUAUUAUUUCUUGUGCGGAAUUAAUUUUGUGACAAGUAAUUGACAGAUGACAGAUAACCAAGUCAGUAAUUAAAAUUUGUACUUCCUACUUGCUAAUGCUGUACAUAAAUGUGAAUUUAUGUUUUUUGAUAAAGACUAAAUCAAUUAUUAUCACUAAGAGUGAUAUCUGUAUUUCAAGAUAUGUGUUGCAAUAAAGUUUAUUGAAUUUAUUCUAUAUUAUAUUUCUAAUUUCUAUAUUCACAAAUAAUAAUAAGAAAAAAAAAGAAAAAAAAUGCUGAACAGAGUUAAAUCAGUAUUAAUGAAUGCUAUGGGUGGGAGUGAACUUGGCCUACAAUACCCUACUGACUCUGAUAAUGAAACAGUAACAGAUUAUCUUAAUUCAAACAUUGCUGCAGAAGUAGAAAAUAAACCGUAUAGUAGACCUAGUUUUCUAGGAUUAACUAUAGAAGAAACUCAAGUAAGUGCUGAUCACAGGGUAAGACCAAUUAUAGUUCCAAGAGAUUUAAGUCGGUUACCAUGGUGUGCUGGUUAUGCAGAAUGUAUAAAUGCUGGAAAAAGUACAUGGAAUGAAGAUCAAACUUCUGCAACUAGAGGAGACCUCAAAUUAUCGGAUGUUAAUGUUACAUUGCCUUAUGUCAUAUUUUCUAUGUUUGAUGGACACGCUGGUUAUCAAGGAAGAUUAAUGGCAAUACCUGGCAAUAUGUUGCUAAAUGAAGAUGAAGAUGAGCUGAUAAAAGGAAGAGAUUUAGUAAUUGGUGCUAUUGAAUUAGCAUAUAGACAAAUGGAUCAAAUGGUAGAAACACAAGCUCAAGGAGGGGGAGGUGGUUGCACAGCAAUUACCAUUCUAUUUCUCAAUGGUAGAUUAUAUGCUGCAGGUGCUGGUGAUUCCAGAGCUGUAUUAGUUUUGGGAGAGAGUCAGCGUGCAUUAACAAGAGACCAUACUCCUGAUUCAGAAUCAAAUCGUGUCAGAGCAUUAGGAUUUUUAAGAAGUACUGAGUUAUUGAAAGGUCAUUUCACACCACUAGAAUUUAGAAAACGACCUUUGCAAAAAGAAUUAGGGUCAUUGGUUUUGUAUAGAGAACCUUACAUGACUGGUUGGGCAUAUAAAGUAUUAACACUGUCCGAUUUAAAACUACCUCUCAUAUCUGGACAUGGCAAAAGGAGUCGCGUAAUGGGUACUAUAGGAGUAACACGUGGUUUUGGAGAUCAUGGCUUAAAAGCAGCUAGUACAGGAGUACAUAUAAAACCAUUUCUAUCAUCGCAACCCGAAGUGCAAUCUAUAAAUUUAGAUAGUUGUAAUCUCACAGAACGUGAUUGCAUUAUUGUAGCCACAGAUGGACUUUGGGAUGUUGUGUCAGAUAAAGCAGCAGCGAAUAUACUUAGAAAGACACUAGCUCCUGAUAAUCCGUCAUUAGAAUACAGACUGACAAUGGGCGCUCAAGAAUUGGUACAAGCAGCACGUGGUAGAUUAGUUGGACGAGCUUGGGUUGGUAAAUCAGAAAAUCUUGAAGAAACGGAUGAAAAAUUUUCACCUAUGGCAUCGGUUGACGAUAUCAGUGUCUUAGUGGUACCAUUAUAUCCUUACUUGUGCGAACAUAAACAAUGGUUGAAAACAACACAACAAGAAAGAAGAUAUUCCAUGGAUUCGUUACACAUAUCAGUUAAUAAUUCUCUAGUUACGGAUCCUUCGAUAAACACAGACGGACAAACGUUUCCUAAUUGUGCUGGCAAUUGUUUACGCUACCUCGCAGCACCUUCCGGUCUUCCUGCGUUCAUGGCUAUUCCGUGUUUGUCUCUCCGCUUCUUGCUCGUCUCUGUCAUGUCUUCCGGAAGAGUGGACGACGAAAAUUUCGUAGGAGGAUCAACGACGGCGGAUCUUAAUUAA